UUGAAGUGAGACUCGUGUAGCGUGGGAGGAUCUUCGCCCUUCUUCCUUGUGGAACUUGCUAAACAGAGGCCUUCCUCUUCCUCCUGUUCCUCUCCCUCUCCUCUCUCUCUCCUCUUCCUCCUCCUCCUUCUCCUCCUCCUCGAGAAACUUCGCCGGGAUGAGCGGCGGGCAUCAGGCACUGGUGAGGAUGGAGAGCGUGCUGGAGGACCGGGAGCGCUACGGCGUGCCCGACGCCAUCCUGCUGGAGGACUACCAGAACGAGGCCGUGUUCAUCGACAACCUCAAGAAGCGCUACCACGAGAACGUCAUCUACACCUACAUCGGACAGGUGUUGGUGUCGGUCAACCCCUACAAGGACCUUGGUCUCUACACCGACGCCCUGCUGGAGAAAUACAGGAACGUCAAUUUCUACGAAGUGCCCCCUCAUGUGUUCGCCAUCACAGAGAACGCGUACAGGACCAUGAUGUCGGAAGUGGCAGACCACUGCAUCCUCAUCUCAGGCGAGUCGGGCGCGGGCAAGACGGAGGCGAGCAAGCAGGUCCUGCGGUUCCUGGCGGCGACGUCGCUCCACCGGCGGGAGAUCGACCGCGUCCGGGACCGCCUCCUGCAGAGCAACCCGCUGCUGGAGGCCUUCGGAAACGCCAAGACCAACAGGAACGACAACUCCUCGCGCUUUGGGAAGUACAUGGACAUCGAAUUCAAUUUUAAGGGCGACCCUGUAGGAGGCCACAUCCUGAAUUACCUGCUAGAGAAGUCCCGCGUGGUGCACCAGGAGCACGGUGAGAGGAACUUCCACGUGUUCUACCAGCUGUUAGCAGGCGCGCCUGACGACCUGCUGGCCAAGCUCAACCUCGUCCGAGACCCAGGCAACUACUUUUACCUCAAGCAGGGUGACAGCAGCCAUGUAGGUGGCAUCAAUGACCGCGGGUGCUUUGAAGCUGUGGACUAUGCCCUAGACAUCCUCAACUUCUCAACAGAGGAGCAGGAGGCCAUCUGGGGCGUGAUUGCGGCCAUCCUUCACCUGGGCAAUGUCACCUUCACCGAAGAUGACAACCGCAAUGGCAAAGUCGUGGAUGACCAGCCUGUCAAGGAGUGCAGUAAGCUGAUUGGUUGUGAACCAGCACAAUUAUUGAAGGCCUUGACCCACCGUACCAUUGAGGCACGAGGAGAUGUGGUCACGUCACCUCUCAAUCCAGACCAGGCUGGAUAUGCCCGUGAUGCCCUGGCUAAGUCAGUGUACGAGAGGAUCUUCAACUGGCUCGUUGGAAGACUGAACCUGUCUCUGACGUCCAAUGAAAUCGGCAGGAAGACUCUGCUUGGUAUCCUAGAUAUCUAUGGGUUUGAGAUUUUUGACCGAAAUGGCUUUGAGCAGUUCUGCAUCAACUACUGUAACGAGAAACUACAACAGGUGUUCAUUGAGCUCACCCUCAAGAGUGAGCAGGAGGAGUACAAGCGCGAAGGCAUUGAGUGGGAGCCAGUCAAGUUCUUUGAUAACAAGAUCAUCUGUGACCUGGUUGAGGAGAAGCACAAGGGUAUCAUCUCCCUGUUGGAUGAGGAGUGUCUGCGGCCAGGUGAUGCUAAUGACCUCACCUUCCUUAGCAAGAUGGACUCUCACCUGUCCAAACAUGACCACUACUUCAGCUACGAAACUGCAAAGAACAGCAAGGUGAAGAAAACCAUCAACAAAGAUGAAUUCCGCCUUCGCCACUAUGCAGGCGAGGUGGCCUACCGCGUCCAGGGCUUCCUUGACAAGAACAACGAUCUCCUCUUCCGCGACCUCAAGGACACCAUGUCACAGGCCUCUAACGUCAUUGCAAAGUCUGUCUUUCCAAGGGAGGAGGUGCUGAACAAGAAGAGACCCGAGACAGCUGCCACACAGUUCAAGCAGAGUUUGGGCAACCUUAUGGAAAUCCUCAUGAUCAAAGAGCCUUCAUACAUCCGCUGCAUUAAGCCUAAUGAUGAGAAGCGUUCCUGCAGCUUCAACAUUGAGAGAGUGAGCCACCAAGUCAAGUACCUAGGACUGAUGGAAAACCUGAGGGUGCGAAGAGCUGGUUUCGCCUAUCGCCGUCUCUACGAGAUCUUCUUGGCACGCUACAAGUCCCUGUGCCCAGCAACCUGGCCCAAAUACCCAGGCCCUGCCAAGGAUGGAGUCAAGGCCAUUGUGGACCAUCUGGGAUACCACCCAGAAGACUAUCGCAUGGGAGAAACCAAGCUCUUCAUCAGACUGCCAAAGACCCUGUUCUUCACAGAGGACCGCUUCCAGAUACGUAAGGCUGAGCUGGCCACAAUGAUUCAGGCUAAGUGGAAGGCUUUCAUGUACCAGCGCAGGUACCAGAAGAUGCGUGAUUCCGUGACCAGGAUAGCCAAGCACUGGAGAAGGAUUAAGGCCCAGAGACUGCUUGCCAGGAGGAAGUGGGCAGUGGGAGUUGUGCGUGCCUUCAUCAAGGGUUUCAUCACAAGGAAUGAACCUGUGAACCCUAUCAAUGAAAGGUUCCAGCAGCUCGUGAAGUGUGAGUUCCUACUGAGGUUGUCCAAGAGCCUCCCAAGCAACCUCCUAGACACCAAGUGGCCCCCAUCCCCAGCUCCCUGCAAUGAGGCCUCAAACAUCCUGCAUGGUAUGUACCGCACUUACAUGGCCAGAAGAUAUGUGAAGGCACUAACCCCAGAAAAGAGGUCCAUGUUUGAAGAGAAGGUUCUGGCUGAACAGCUGUUCAAGGGUCAGAAAACUAGCUACAUGGACUGUCUUCCUCACUGGUUCAUGACCUCAAGGCUCACUCCAGAGGACGAGAGUCUGAGAAAAACGGCCUUCGAAGACAUCAUCAAGACCCCAGGAGAAAAAACAAAGUACUGCAUCCCAUGCACCAAGUAUGACCGCCACGGCUACAAGCCUCGGGACCGCCUACUGAUCCUAACUUCAGGGGCCUUAUAUCUCUUGGAGGCCAAGGAAAACAAGCUGAAACAGAAGCACAGAUUCUCCCUGAAGGAGGUCCAGGGGCUCCAUGUUUCUCCCAACACAGACAACCUUCUCCUGGUUCAGAUUCCAGUAGAAAAUGCCAAAAGAGACAAGGGUGACCUCAUCCUCAAUGUUCCAAAUGUCAUUGAGGCUGUGACAAAGAUGAUUUCCAUCAGUGACAACGCAGAAGUCUUGAAGAUUGCUGAGACAGAAACCAUUGGACACACCAUGAAGAAUGGCAAGCAAGGCACAAUUCUUCUGGGGAAAGGCAGCACCAUCACCACUAUAGACAAGAACAAGGAAGGCAAGCUGGCAGUGAUUGCUGGCCACUAAGAUGAAGGAUGUCUUUACCAUGAAUGCCAUAGUCCUGUAAUUGUAGCAUGGACAAACCUACAUCAUGAAGUCAUUCAUUCACAACCCCCCACCCCCCUGCAGAAAAGAGAGAGAAAGAGAGUGAGAGGUGUACAUGCAAAGAAACAUUAUAUUGACCAUGGUAGCCAUGUGGUUACUUAAGAGUGUGAAAGAGAUUUUCAUGUAGUCAUUUGGAUACACACUAUUAUAUAUAUCAUUCUGUAAGCUAACUAAAAAUAUUUGAAGUACUUCAUAUCUAUCAUUA